UGUAGUUUUUCUGUCAUCUCAGACAAGCCAUCUCAGUGUGGAUCAGGACCAUGAAUGUUCUACCUAACCCCAUGACCAGGGUCCAUCAGGAGCAGCCUCUCCCUCUCUGCUCCCAGGGGGCCCACCGCCAGGACUUCUCCUCCAGGUGUCCUCUAGGGCUUGGUGCUGGUCAUGGGGGCAGGCUUAGGGCCAUGGGGGGGCCUCUGGGGCCCCAGAGACCAGGCAAGUCACCGCGGGAGCUGAGCCCUGAGGAGCAGCAGGAUCUAAGGAGGAAGAUCAACAGCCGGGAGAGGAAGAGGAUGCAGGACCUGAACGUCGCCAUGGACGCUCUGAGGGAGGUGAUGGUGCCUUACGCCUCCUCCUCUCCUUCCUCCUCGUCCUCCUCCCAGGGGCCACACUCCCACCAGCAGCAGCCAGGGGCCCCACCUGGACGCAGGCUCUCCAAGAUCUCCACCUUGGUCCUGGCCCGUAACUACAUCCUCCUCCUGGGCUCGUCUCUACAGGAGAUGCGCCGGCUCCUGGGGGAGGUGAGUGUCGGGGUGGGGGUGAACACGGGGCCUGUCCCCAGGCUGCUCCUGGCCGGGGGUUGGCCCCUCCUCACCGGUCCCAGUCAGCUUCUCCUCUCCCCAGAGUCUCUCCUGACCUCGGUCUCCUCCUCCUCCAAGUGUCCUCUCUUGCCUCCUGGCCACUUGGAGGGCCCCAUGGCCCCGGUGCAUUGGGGCUCAGCUGGGGCUCCUGGUGGUCCACUCUGCCCCUGUGUGGUGUGCAGGCACCCCAGCCCUGGACCCAGGUUCCCCAAGUGAAGCCUGGCUGGGACGAACUCUCAUGUGUUCUUCUGAUCUGCUACAAUGACUGAUUCUUCUGAGCGGAUGGACUUCUGGUUAUGGUUUAUAAUCUUUUUCUGAAGAUAUUACAUGUUAUUUUUUUGAAUGAGUAUUUUCUUUCUUAUGUCUGACUAAUUCAAUGAUAACUUUGUUGUAAUGGACCUUGUCCAUUAGGUUUUUAUUAAUCUCUCGUGGACAGAUGAAUCUGUCAAGGCUCAUGUAUAAUUAUGUGAUACGAGCAGCAGUAGUUCCUAGUUUGGGGUUUUUGCUGUUAAUUAUUUGGACAAAUGAGGAUUAGGCGAAGGUGGUACUAAAAUGGGCGUAGUGAUUUUCAAGCCCGUGUUUCGGAUGAAAAACAGUUUCCACAGACACAAAGUCAAAAUUGUCUGUAUCGUAAAAAUGUAUGAAAACUAAAAUGUGCUUUUUGGGCAUGAUAAACACGGGUGAAAUUCGCAGAAGGGAGGGGCUUGGCCGAGAGUUUCCAUUUGAGAGGGAGGAGACAUCACUUCCUUCCCUUAAACAAAUGUUAACGGCAUUUCCCCCGAAGUAAAACAGGAAAUGAUAAACUUUCACAACAUACUUUUACUUCUGGGUAACGAGAUUAGUUUUUUUUUAUUGGUGACUGUGGUCAGUAAAAGUCAAUGUAUUUGAUAUUUUAUGAACAAAUUCUAUUUUAUAUGAUAACAGGGGAAGAUACGUGUAAGUUCUA